AUGUUAUAUUGGCCGUUCUCCACUAGUGAUUUAUAUAAUCAGAAAACCCAAAAUGCAAAGUUCUCUGAUAACCCGAGAGGUCUAAUCGGGCUUUUAGAUACUGUUCUCCUUACCCACCAGCCUACUUGGGAUGACUGCCAACAGCUCUUACAGGUUCUCUUCACCACCGAGGAAAGAGAACGAAUUCAGGUGGAAGCCCAGAAGUCUGUCCUGGGAGAGGACAGACAGCCAACUCAAAACCCAGACCUCAUAAAUGCUGCCUUCCCUUUAUCCCGCCCCACCUGGGACUACAACUCAGCUGAAGGUAAGGAGAGACUCCGGGUCCACCGCCAGACUCUAAUGGCAGGUCUCCAGGCUGCCGUCAAACCGACAAAUCUGGCCAAGGUCUAUGAUGUGAGGCAGGGUAAGGAUGAGAGUCCAGCAGCCUUCUUAGAGAGGGUCAUAGAGGCUUUUAGACAGUACACCCCUACGAACCCAGAAGCCCCGGAAACAAAGGCUGCAAUUAUCAUGGCUUUUGUUAACCAGGCCACUCCAGAUAUUAAAAAGAAAUUACAAAGAGUAGAGAGACUGGGAGAUAAGAUCUUGCAGGACUUAGUGAUAGUGGCAGAACGAGUCUAUAAUAAUAGAGAAAGUCUGGAAGAACAACAAACCAAACUAAGUGACCGGCAGACCUGAAAUCUGGCCAAGAUCCUGCUGGCCACAACCAUGGACGACCCACAGGAAAAACGGAGGCACCGCAAGAAGCUGGCUCCAGGGACAGGUAAGGAGGAUGGCCCUGGUCCCCCUUGGGAGUGCCCUAAGCUGAACAAAAUCCAAUGCGCCUAUUGCAAAGAGGAGGGCCAUUGGUUAAAAAGCUGCCCUAACAAAAGAUCUAAGGCCGCUGCCAAGAUCUUAGAAAUGGAGGACCUGGACGAUUAGGGGAGUCAGGGUUCGGCACCCCUCCCCGAGCCCAGGGUAACUCUUAAAAUGGAGGGGCAACCUGUUGAAUUCCUAGUGGACACUGGGGCAUGACAUUCAGUUUUAUUACAACCCCAAGGGAAAUUGGCAAACAAAACUUCAUGGGUGCAAGGGGCCACGGGCACCAAACAGUACUCAUGGACUACCCGAAGAACUGUGGAUCUCGGCACGGGCCAGGUAUCCCACUCCUUCAUGGUCAUCCCUGAGUGUCCCUACCCGUUGUUAGGUCGGGAUUUGCUCACCAAGAUGGGGGCACAGAUUUGCUUCCACCUUGAAGGGGCAAAAGUCCUAAACAAGAAGGGGCACCCGAUUCAGGUGCUUGUCCUGAGUUUAGAAGAUGAAUAUUGUCUCCACCAAAUACCCUCAGUGUCAAUGACUGACAUUGACCGUUGGCUGCGGGAAUUUCCCCAAGCGUGGGCAGAAACUGGGGGAAUCGGGCGGGCCCAACAUCUGCCGGCCAUAUACAUAGAACUAAAGCCGGGGGCCGACCCUGUCAGGGUCCGCCAAUACCCCAUGCCUCUAGUAGCACGAAAGGGAAUCACACCCCACACACGGCGACUACUGGACUCGGGCAUAUUAAGGCCCUGCCAAUCGGCAUGGAACACUCCCUUGCUGCCGGUUCCAAAACCGCACUCUAACGAUUACAGGCCAGUCCAGGACUUGAGGGGAGUCAACCGGCGGGUAGAGGAUAUGCACCCUACGGUCCCAAACACAUACACCCUCCUCUCCACCCUGCCUCCAGACAAAACUUGGUAUACAGUAUUAGAUUUAAAAGAUGCCUUUUUCAGCCUGCCUUUAGCACCCAGAAGCCAAGACCUCUUCGCCUUUGAAUGGAUGGACCCUGAGAAAGGCAUCAAUGGCCAGCUCACCUGGACUCGACUACCACAAGGAUUUAAAAAUUCACCGACCAUCUUCAAUGAGGCCUUACACAAAGACUUGAGUGAGUUCCGUUCCGAGCACCCACAUUUAACUUUAUUACAAUAUGUAGAUGAUAUCCUGUUGGCAGCGGAGGACCAGGACACAUGCCUGCAAGGCACCAGGGACUUGCUCCAGAUAGCGGCCCUAGGAUACUGGGCCUCAGCUAAAAAAGCCCAGAUGUGCAGAACAGAGGUGAGCUACCUUGGGUACAAAUUAAAAGAUGGACAAAGAUGGUUGACGGAUGCACGGAAGGAAACUGUCUUAAGAAUCCCACAGCCGCAAACCGUCCGCCAGGUGCACGGAAUCAGAACUGAUCUCCAGGACCAGCCACUGCCGAAUGCGGACGCCACCUGGUACACGGACGGCAGCAGUUUUGUUCAAGAAGGAUUCAGAUAUGCGGGGGCAGCCAUAACCACGGAGUCGGCUCAAUGGGCAGAACUGAUCCCACUGGCCAAGGCGCUGACCAUGGGGGAAGGUAAACGAAUAAACAUCUACACCGACAGCAGGUACGCCUUUGCCACCGCUCACAUUCACGGAGCCCUUUACAGAGAGAGGCUUCUGACAGCAGAGGCAAAGACUGUUAAAAACAAAACGGAGAUUCUUGAACUCCUGAGGGCCCUCUGGCUGCCCAAGGCCCUAGCCAUCAUCCACUGUCCGGGGCACCAAAAGGCAGACACGCCAGUAGCCAGGGGAAACCGGCUAGCCGAUUUAAAAGCAAAGGAGGCGUCCCUUUUGGUGACCCAGGUCUUAGCUAGCACGCUACCCAAUCCGGGGGCACUGACCCAGCCUGACACCCCCAACUACACUGAUGCUGACUUACACUGGAUCAAACGCUUGCCUGUGACCCAGUGCUUGCGUGGCUGGUGGAGGGCCACAGACUCCAGCAUCAUCUUGCCAGAGGAACUGGGACGGCGAGUCCUAUCCAAAACGCAUCGGAGUACUCACACGGGAACAGGGAAGAUGGAAGACCUCCUACGACAUGCAAAGAUCACUAUUAAAGACUCUCGAGCAAAGAUCGAGCAGAUCGUGGCAAGCUGCCGCGCAUGCCAAUUAACAAAUGCCUCCACCCAUGGAUCUAACCCAGGCACCCGGCUCCGAGGGGACCGCCCAGGAGCCUACUGGGAAGUGGACUUCACUGAAGUAAAACCUGGAAAAUACGGGUAUAGGUAUUUACUAGUGUUUGUACAUACUUUUUCAGGAUGGACAGAGGCAUUUCCCAAUGAAACGGCACAGAUCGUGACCAAGAAACUGCUGGAAGACAUCGUACAGAGGUAUGGUUUUCUCGUUAGAAUUGGGUCAGACAACAGCCCAGGAUUCGUCUCUAAGGUAACACAGAGAGUGGCUCUAGUACUUGGGGCAGAUUGGAAAUUACAUUGUGCAUAUAGGCCCCAGAGCUCAGGACAGGUAGAAAGGAUGAACAGAACAUUAAAGGAGACCUUAACUAAAUUAGCCCUGGAGACUGGCGGGGACUGGGUGACUCUCCUCCCCUUCGCCCUAUAUAGGGUGAGGAACUCCCCAUAUAAGAUGGGACUGACUCCCUACGAGAUCAUGUUCGGUCUUCCUCCACCCAUUAUCCCCAAUUUAAAACCUGAGGUGCUUGAUGAAUUUGAUGAUCACCAACUUCUUUUCUCUCUCCAAAUGUUACAAUGAACCCAUGAGCAGGUAUGGCCUAAGCUGAGGGCCCUCUAUGAGACUGGGCCACCCCCGGACCCCUAUUGAUAUCGGCCAGGUGACUGGGUGUAUGUGCGGAGAUACCAACACCAGACACUUCAACCUCGCUGGAAGGGACCCUACCUCGUGAUCCUGACCACUCCCACCGCUCUCAAGGUCGACGGGAUUACUCCCUGGGUCCACUACACCCACAUCCGGCCAGCUGACCCACAAACCAUUCUCACGUACUUUGUUACAGAAUAAAAAAAAAGCCAACCAGACAAGGACAAUCCCCUAAAGCUAAGACUGUGCCGUUCUCACUUAUUUCCCAAC